AUGCAUCUUGUAGUUUUAGGGGAUGAUCCAGAAGUCAAACAAGGGAAACCUUCAUCCGAUGUCUUCAUUGCAGCUGCCAAAAGAUUUGAGGGUGGACCAGUUGAUCCACAAAAGAUACUGGUUUUCGAAGAUACGCCAUCUGGCGUAUUGGUAGCUAAGAAUGCAGGCAUGUCAGUGGCAAUGGUUGGAGAUCCGAGGUUGGACAAUUCAUACCAUCAAACUGCUGAUAAGAUCUUCAAGCCAAAAACGAUAAUGAUUGAGCCUAACCUUGUUAACUGCUCCGUUAACAAACUUUCGUUAGACAUACGUUUGAACCGAGAGAACCACAUUAGAGCUACAGAUGUAAGGGGACAAGCCCCCGAUGAUCUGUAUCGGGCAAAUACAGUACUGCCUUAUCACCAAGCUUUCAUGAACAAGCGUUAUCGAGUUUUAGUUUACAGGGGAUCCAUGGCAGCUUAUGGAGCUCUGAUGUCUCUUACCACCACCAUACACCAAAUCCAGAAUCACCCUCACCCACCCAUCUCCCUCCACAAAAUAAAAAUCGAACCUCUGAUAGAAAAAGUUGAUUUCUUGCAAGAUUUUCUUGAAAACUAUACCAUUGAUGAUGAUGCAGAUGAUUUGGAGGGGCGUAUGGUCGAUGUGGCUAACAAAGCAGAAGAUAUAAUUGAGUCCCACAUUGCAUAUCAUAUUUGGGAUGAAUAUGAAGACCCUUUGUAUCAAUACAUGCAGAAAAUGAUGGAGGAACCAGAGGAGGCAGAGGAGUCCCAAAUUGCCCAUCAUAUCGAGGAGGAGGUUCGUGGUGAAGCUAACAAAGACGACAAAGACUCUUGUUUGUAUGGAGAGCUGCAGAAAGUGAUUCACGACUUGGAUUCCAUCACAAAAGACGUGGCUGCUGCUAUUGAAGGCAAGGCUCGGAAAAAAAUUGCUCCCAAGGAUGACGCCACCAAAUAUGAUGUCAUGAACAUGGCCAACAAACCUUAUUCGGGGGGCUCCAAUGAUGUCAUGAACGACGUCAUGAGUAAGCUUACCGAUCGACAAUCCAGUCGUUGGAUCAUCGCAAUUGCCGGCAUGGGGGGCAUCGGUAAGACCACUCUUGCCCAAAAUAUUUAUGAAUGUCGUGUAAUUGUGGAACACUUUGAUAUACGAGGAUGGAGUACAAUUUCUCAAGAAUUUAAUUCCAAAAGAAUCCUGUUGGAAGUCCUUGACUGUUUGAAAAACAAAGGAAGUGAGGAGAGCGAAUAUGAAGAAUUAGGACAAAAAUUAUAUCAGAGCUUAUUCGGCAGGCGGUAUCUGAUUGUGAUGGAUGACAUUUGGGGUACGGACGCGUGGGAAGAGGUGAAGCGCUUCUUUCCGAUUAGUAACGACAAUGAAGGGAGCAGAGUACUAAUAACAACUAGGUCAUCGGAAGUUGCUUUGGAACUGGAUGGCCAAGACUACUUUCAAAUGCCUUUUCUUAAGGUGGACGAAAGUUGGAAUCUACUACGAAGGUGCGUGUUUGGGGAACAAGGGUGCCCUCCUCCAGAACUCGAAGAGAUUGGGAAGAACAUUGCCACCAACUGCAGAGGCCUUCCAUUGUCGAUUGUCGUGAUUGGAGGACUCCUAGCAAAGUCUGAAAAAACAUGGGAAAACUGGCAACGGGUUUUAGAAAAUGUAAGCUCGAUCGUGAAUUUAGAGAAUGACGAGUGUUGCUUAAGAAUACUAAAGUUGAGCUACAAUCAACUGCCGGUCCACCUGAAGCCGUGUUUUCUGUACAUGGGCAUGUACCCGGAGGACCAUAAGAUUGAGGUCUCCAUACUCAUGGAUCUAUGGGUUAAUGAAGGAUUCGUGGAACCGGUUGCUGGUGAAAGCUUGGAAACAAUUGCGGAAGUAGUGUACCUAAAUGAUCUCGUCCUCAGAAACCUAGUCGUGGUUCAUGAGUUGGAUGGUAGGUGGGGCUGCAGCAUCCACGAUCUAUUGAGGGACCUAUGCAUAAAGGAAGCCGAGAAAUAUAAAUUCUUCCGCACAACACAAAACUACCCUGACCACGACCAAAGUUGGUGUGCCCAACGCCGUAUCAGCACUCAGCAAGUCGAAUCAGAGAAGAAAUACACCCGUUCUCUAGUAAAAGUUUUCGCAAGCCCACUCCCUGAAGCUGUGCAAUCCGCAUCACGUGCGCGAACUCUGAUAUCGGACUUUGAUCAAACUGUUCCAUCUUUUGUUCCUUUUAGAUUAUUGAGGGUUCUGCAUGGAUACAUAAAAGGAGGAGAACUUUUUCAUAUGGUCAACUUGCGCCUCCUGAGCUUCAAACUUACUACACGGCAGGAGCUUGAAUUUCCUCCGGAGUUUUACCUACUCUGGAAUUUACGGACGUUACGUAUAUAUCAUGUAUAUCGUAGGGGCGGUUACGCUGCGGUGCUGGACAUCUGGCGGAUGCCCCAACUCAAGCACGUCAUGAUAUACGGCAGGUUCCAGCUCACGGAGCCGAAAGAAGUCGAAAAUGGUUGUUGGAUGGUGUUGGAGAAUCUAGAGACGCUGACGAGAGUACUUAACUUCAAGUGCAAUGAGGAAAUGGUUGAGAGAAUCCCCAAUAUCAAGAAUCUGGGAAUACAAUACGAUGAAUUAUUAUCGGGGGCUGAUUAUGAUCUCGACAAUCUCUGCCGACUACAUAAGCUGGUGUCUCUUGAUUUCAAUAUUUAUUCGAGGAAAAGUGAGGUGAUGAUGAGGAUCACAUUUCCGGUUACGCUCAGGUGGCUGACUCUUCACGGCACGAGGCUGGGGUGGGAGGAGAUGGGGCCAAAGGUAGGCUCCUUGCCACAUCUCGAGGCCCUCACGCUAAAUCCUGAUGCGUUCGUGGGGCCCGAAUGGAAAACAGCCGAGGGCGAAUUUCAAAGCCUGAGAUACUUGCUAAUUAACAGGUGCUCUGAUCUGGAAAAGUGGAGGGUGGAAGCCACAGACUUCCCGUGCCUCGAGCGGCUCAAAAUAGCGUAUCUAGAUAAGCUGGAUGAGUUCCCAUUGGGAAUUGGGAAUAUAAACACGCUUAGGGAGAUCGAGGUGGUUGAUUGUUCAGACUUUGCCGUGCUUUCUGCAAAGAAGAUAUUAGAGGAACAACUGGAGUGCCUUGGGGAAGUGGAUCUUCAGAUUACAGUUGUGCUACUUGAAAACCAACUACCCAACUUGACGAGUGGUCAGAACUUUACAAUUAAACAGACUCGUUUCUAUUAUGUGGGCAAACCACGCAGCACCGGAGUUCAAGCCUGA